AUGUGCGGGACGUGUCACCCUUGGAGUGGUCACCUCUUCGAGAGGCUCGACACGGCCAUGACGCUCACGCAGGAGUUCUGCUCCGAGUUCUACGGCGAGUGCGCCACGCAACUCGGCUUGCCGGCGGACUACUGCGUGGUUCACGCCGGGCCGGAGGGGGACCAGUACUGGUCGUACCCGUUGGUCAUCGAUGACUCUUUCAGCACCGACGGUCUCGUCAAGGCCUUCCCGGACUUGUCCGACAGCUUGAUCCCCGACGAGCCGGUGGACAUGCGAAUGACUCCUGAUGGGAGCAAGUGGUGGAUCUUGGGGCUUAAGGGGCAAAUCGUCGAGGUCGAUGUGGCGGACGCUACUUGGGCCAAAACCGUGCUGGACAUGUCUUCCUUGGUCCUCUGGACUUUCGAAGAGGGACUCCUGAGCAUGGCCUUCAGCCCGGCCUUUCACACCACCGGGGUGUUCUACGCUUCCUACGUCAACGGCCCUUCCUUCGGGACCAACCGGCUGUCGAGGUUCAAGUACGAUCCCGACAGCGCCGCGAACACCCUUGCCUCGGAGGAGAUUCUGAUCACCUCGUCCGAGAAGAAGUCGAACGUUCACUCCGCCGGAUGGAUCGGGUUCAAGCCCUCCAGCUACGGCAACGACGCCGUGAGUGCCGGAGCCGUUCACGAGCUGUUCUGGGCGAUGGGCGACAGCGGUCCGCAGCUCGACACCUCUGAUCGCGGCCAGGACCCGAACAUCUUGCACGGGAGCAUCAUCCGCAUCGAGGUGUCCUCCGAGAUGGGAUCCGGGGAUAAGGAGGGUAUGCGAAACCCGUACCGGUGCAGCUUCGACAGGCUCAACGACGACCUCUACUGCGGAGACGUCGGCCACCUGGACGUCGAGUCCAUCAAGAAGAUCGAGUGCGGCAACAACUACGGCUGGAGGCAGUUCGAGGGCGACCGGUGCAUGCAACAGAUCGAGGACCAGUUUCCCGAGACGUGCGAGUUCCUCGACAGGUCCCCCUUCACAUUCCCGGAGUUCAACUACUGCCACCCUGACUUCUACCCUGUGGACCACCCGUCCUACAUUGUUUCUGACCAAUCCAUCUGUGGGGACCGGAGCGUCAUCGGCACGGCGGUCAUCGCUGGGUACGUGUACCGCGGUGCCAAGUACGACGAUCUUCUCGGCGGCAACCUCAUCUUUGCCGACUUCACGCUCAACCGGCUGUACCACCUGUUCCCGACAAAAGGUGGUGGCUGGGGCUCCGGCACCAUCAAGGGUGACGACUUCUUCGCGGUAUCGCACAUCGCCGAAGACAACGACGGCGAGCUGUACGUGGUCCAGUACCAGGGCACCAUCUUCGAGAUGCCCUGCGGAGACCUCUGCUCCGGCGACAACGUCAACCCCGUCUUCCCUACCCCUUCCCCUACCGAAACUCCCCCGCCGACCAAAGCCCCGAUCGUCCCGGCAACCCCGUCCCCGGUACCCCCGCCUACCCCAGUGCCCACCGCCGGCCAGACCCCGUCCCCUACCGGCGCUCCGGUCACGACGGCACCCACCCCGGCGCCCACCCUCGCCCCGUUCACCCCGUUCACCCCGGUGCCCACCGAGCAGGGCGACACCGCCUCCCCGACGAUGGCACCCGUGCCGGCGACGCUUUCUCCCGUUGAUCCCCCGACGCCCGCACCCAUGGUGCCGGAGACCCCGGCCCCGGUGCUCGCGACCGUGGCACCGGUCCUUGCGACCGCGGCUCCGACGGAGGCGAUGACCCCCGGUCCCGUGUUUGCGACCAUGACCCCGGCCCCGCUGUUCGUGAGGACGGCGACGCCCGAGGGCAUGCCGGAGCCGCAGGACCCCGGGACGGCGGCGCCGGAGGCAAGGCUCAGCGACAGUUACGACUUCGACAGGAUGCCCAUCCGCACGGUCACGGAGCCCCCGAUGCCGGCCGCCCCGCCGAGCACGCCCGAGGGCACCGCUUCCCCGGAGGCGGCCCGGCCUGUCGUGCCUGCGCCGGCCACGUGCCGCGGGAUCCCGUCUCGCCUGGGACAGUUCUGGCCCGGCGGAAAAGAGGGCUGUUGCACUCACGCCAUCGAGGAAAGCGGCAUACUCUGCGCGGACACCGGAGGAGAGCCUCCCUGCCGCAUCCCCCCGAAAGACGAAACCGCCCCCCCGCCGUCCCCGGUGGUGCCCGACGCACCCGACGGGCGCACCGAACCCUGCACGGAGCCCCUCAUCCCUGCGGAGCCCCUGGAGCAGCCUCCCGUCUCUCCCGAAGACGCCGCGCUUUGCACCGCCGACCUCGGAGAAGACGUGGUGCCGAUGACCGGUCCCGAGAACGACGAGGUGUCCCCCCCGGAGUACCUCGGCUGCUACAUCGACGACAAUGACAAGUUUUCCUCCCGCAUACUGCAGCUUGCCUACACUGCCAGCGACUCCAUGACUCCGAUGAUGUGCGAGGACUUCUGCAGGAGUUCGGGGGCGGACAUAUUCGGCGUUGAGUUUGGCCAUCAGUGCUUCUGCGGGGACUCUAGGGACACGGACCUGGCGAGAUAUGGUACCACCGUCUGCGACCACCCUUGCGCAGGCGACGACUCCGUCACCUGCGGCGGACACUUGGCUGUGGACGCGUUCUUCAUGGGAGGGGGACCCAAGGUGCCCAUUAACAGCGACUACCUUGGCUGCCAGGCGGACAAGCAGGGUGACCGCGCCCUCGGCGAGGGCUUCCUGUGGUGCAGCGGACGAAUGACCAUCUGCGAGCAGUUCUGCAGGCGCCGGAAAGCCGCGGUGUAUGGCCUGCAGUACGGCCACGAGUGCUGGUGCGGCGACGACAUGGACCACGACCAACACGGAGCGGGCAUGUGCAACUACCGAUGCUCGGGCGAUUCCCACACUACCUGCGGCGGAUACGACUCCCAGAAUGUGUACUCCUUGCAGUACUAGGAGCCCCCACCCCUUGAAGGCGGAGGGGGGGCCCCGCCACCGCCCCCUGCUACACAUGACUUAGGAGGGGUACAAUGUUGAUGAGGCGAGGUUGGUUGGUUGCCUGUGUUUCGCGCGAAGCUUUGGCUAUCGGACGGCCGCGGUGUUCGGAACCGACGGACCCGACUGGCCGACUGAGAUGACGCGCGGCGUGAUGAACAUGGAAGAGGGCCGGCUCUGGGAAAAUAACGAGCAAAACCUCGAGCACUUCUUUGUAACAAGGUUUUGCAAGAGACUUGAAUCGUUCCCCCUUGGAACAAAUAUCCGAGUUGGAGAUGAGGAGCUAUUGUAAGGCCUUGUUCUUUGUGCUUUUUGGUUUGAUGACUAGGAGGGGGUGCCGCUUUGACUUGCGGCAGGCCCCCGUCCAUGAUCUAUCUUUGGUUGCCCCGAUUAUUGUACAAAUAUUGUUCAACGGUGCGACAGCCGAAGCGCGCGCGCCGCCAACGGCAACCACACUCCUUUGGCGCUUCGCACGAGUUUUUGGAGGGAUGUUGUUUCGCGUGAUGGGGUGUUGAAUCGCCGUUGGCUGUUUUGUAUGCCGUUGAUAUGCAUGGCUCUUGUCUUUUUUUGGUGGUUCUCUGUUGCUUGUUUGAUUCAUAUCGCCCGUGCGACUUUCGUUGUGAUGAUUACUGGUACCUAACUGACCACGUUCGAGUGGACCGUUUCCGUGCGGCGCCAAGUCGGUCCGUACUGUAGGCGAAACACGUAGACCUCGUGGUAGAUAUGGCACGUUAGAUGUUAGCUCGCGAUAGUUGCGUGCAUGGUGGUGGUUCGCUUUUGCUUGGCGUUGACGAGACCGGAUGGCGGCGCACCUCGUCUUCCUUCGGCAAAGAGGUACAUCCCCCCGUUUUGUCCGUGUAACCAUGUUGCGGGGGGCCCUCCACUCUAAACAGUAGUGAAAUAGGAGCUGCGACCGCCUGCCAGUUAUGGUAUUAUUUUUUGUAACUUAAUGAAUGAAGUGUCUCUUCGUCGGCUUGCUGAGUGAGGCAGAGUAGAACAAUCACAUAAAGGGUGCGGGUGAAAACACCCAGAGCAUGUUGAAUGUGUAGGUAGGCGGGUAGGACGUAUGUAUGUAUAGUUCGGCGGUGGCGUUUGUCCGGCCGCUCAUUCGAGGAGGGCAGCGCACACUUUGCAGACGGGCGGGUUGAUUGUACUGUAGCAAGAUUUUGUCUUGUGUAUUUUUCGUGGCACUAAGGGAGAGUAACUGACGUACGUGAAACCACUUCAACGGAGGGAGGUAACCGAUCUGAGCCGGUUUGGUGCUUCUCCGCUUGUAAGCUGUGUCUGUCCGUUGUUGAAUAAAGGAGGGGAAGACAGGUUUAUAUGUGGAAGACGAUGAGGUCAAGGCGGUUCGCUCACCACCUAGGUUACUUGGCCGUCUUGCAAUUUUUCAACGGUAAGAGUGGGUGGGUUGAGAGGUACCAGGUCGGAUGUAGAUAUGGCGUUACAGCUGUGUUGAGCGUUUGUUUGCUGGCCGAUGAGACCUUGUUGUAAUGUAGCGACGUUUUCUCGUACCUCGCCUUGUUUUUUGUUCUAUGGGUAGGUGUAGGUAUGUGGUCGUUGUUUGUAGCAUCCGAACUCGCCCUCGUUGUCUAUUAUGUUUCGUGUUCGUUUCGAUUGGGUGUGCAAAGCUGGCUCUUUUGUUGUGCGACCAACGGAGGAUCCUUCCGAGUUUCAGGAACCACUCGGUCUGUGCGCGAAAGAAAGCGCUCUUGGUCACGUAGCAUUUCGACGUAUUCGACUUUUUCUUGUCUCUCGUCCCUUGACUAGUCUUUGUGUUGGUUGUAUUUCGUCAGUCUAAUGUGAAGAACUGUCCGCCUUUUUCGGCCUGCUUGCCCGCUGUUGGGUUGUGUGUUCUGUCGAAUGGUUUCGGUUGUUGGCCAAUGAGGAGCUACGCGUCUUUUGGCUCUCGGGAAGGAUUCUCUUGCGGCUCUCUUGCUCGCGAAACGACAAAAAAUCUGCUUGCAGUAUUGCUUGGUAUCACAAUUUUGUCCUGACACGGGAUAUCACCGUGCACGCAUGCCAGCGUCGGGGUCCAUGUACGUAGGGCACCUGCAGAUGGUAUUUUCCAGUUGUUUUUUCUUCAACGUUUCUGUUACGGGGGCCGUUCCUGUUACGGGGGCACUAAAGGUGGGUUUCCAUUUGGUACGGCACCUGCGGAUUGCAUUUUCCAAUUGUUUUUGCUACAACAGUGUUUUUGCUUCGGGGGGCACCCAGAUGCAUGCGUAGGUUUCCGUUAGGUAGGUAGGGCACCUGCAGAUGGCAUUUUCCAAUUGUUUUUGCUA